AUGUAUGGUACUGAAUAUGAAGUUGCAAAUGGUAUAUUUCCAGGAAAGGAUAAUCACAAUGCUCCUUGUGCGGUAUGUUAUACAUCUACUAAGAGUGUUAAACUGAUGAUUCCUGCUAGAACCAGCUGUCCUUCAUCAUGGACUAUGGAAUAUAAAGGAUAUCUGAUGGCCGAACAUUAUAAUCACAGGAAUAAUAAAGUCUAUGAGUGUGUUGAUGAAAAUCCUGAAUCUAUUGAUGGCAGUGAGGCCAGUACUGAUGGUGCUCUGUUCUACUUCACAAUGUCAACCUGUAAUGGUCUACCUUGUCCACCUUAUGUUAACAAUAGAGCUAUUACUUGUGUUGUGUGUACUAAAAUUGCUAAACUGAUGAUUCCUGCAAGAAUUGAGUGUCCUGAUUCAUCAUGGACUAUGGAGUAUAAAGGAUAUCUGAUGACAGAAAAAUAUGACCAUCCUAGGAAUGCAGUCUAUGAGUGUGUUGAUGAAAAUCCUGAAUCUGUUGAUGGUGGUGAAGGCAAUACUGAUGGUGCUCUGUUCUACUUCACAAGGUCAACCUGUAAUGGUCUACCUUGUCCACCUUAUGUCAACAAUAGAGCUAUUACUUGUGUUGUGUGUACUAAGUAA